AUGGCUACAAACGCCGAAUCAUCAGCCAUGGCCGUCGCCAAAGGCGGCUCAGACACAGCCGACGUUGUCAUUUGGGGUAUUGUCUAUAAUGAUGAUUACAAGAAAAAUGUGAAAGAGAAAACUGUCAAUCAGUUUUACGAAGAGAGCUUGCGCCCAAAGGGCAAGUCCGCGACCAAGUCUAGUAAGGCUAAAGUGAACAACGAUGACAUCGAUAGCGGGAACAACAAUAGUACUGGAAAUACUCUAGAUCUACGACCCGGAGAAGUGAUGGGUGAGAACAUCUUAGCCCCAGAAGGCAAAUUUCUGAAGGCAAUCGUAUUAGAAGACGGUAGACGACAAGAUAUCCCCGAGACAAAAUCAUACCGCCCUGUUUACGGACCUAGCGAGCCCAAAACCGCACCGGCGAGGUACACUCCUCGUACCAGCAUGCAGGACAUUCAUUGGGCGAUGAUCGCCACGGACGGAAAGUCGUAUCACAAAGCUAACGAGCGAGACGGCGUCAACCCCCAAAAGAUGGGCCCUGCUAAAGGAAGUCCCUUUACGCUCUGUGAUGUCGAAAAGGACAUCUUCAUCAUAGACAGAUACGCUUUGGCAUGUGUCGAGCGUCCCGAUGGCGUCAACGGAAACCACAAGGCUGAUAUUUUUGGGACGACUGCUACCAAGCAAGCUCGUCAGCGGAUUGACGAUUGGCUUCUACGGCCAAAGAAUGUUCUCUUCAACGUCAAUGACCCGGGUAGUCUUCUGAUCUACUUGGAUCUCCUUGAGAGAGCGUCGAAGUACGGAAAGGACGGGAGCAAAGAUCUUCUCAAUCAGAAGAGAACAGUUGGUUUCUUCUCGGGCCCCAAGCAGUGCAACCACGAUGAUUGCAACAAGUGGCGCAACGAGCAGGCGACGAAGAUGCGCACCCCCGCCCAGAAGAACAUCUUGAAGCAACCUUGGUGGGUCUUUGCCGACUUCUGUCCGAUGGGCACGAAUGCGAUCUCUUUUAAGACUUCGCAACACUCUGAGGACAUCAUUUCAAUCGAGAACAUCCGCAAUGAAGAUGCCAAUCGCACUCGCGCCUUCUGCCACGCAGUGCUAAACCAUUCUCCCUUCAAGGAGGGCUAUGCAAUUCUUCACCAGGACAAUAUGUUCCCGCUCUUGGUUCACGCUAGUGGUCAGUGUUUGACUCCCAAUGACACCGGAAGGGACAAACUAGAUGAAAUUGUUAGCCAAGUUAGGGAUGGCCGCGCGUGUUAUGGUUGUGCUGAGAAGCGCGACACAAACAAGAUCUUCGGUAUGAAUGAUCUUCUUAAAGAUCAAGCUACGGGGUUGAUCUAUCUCAACUACGAGGUAGAUGAGGACACCACAAUGAUGGAUGCGUAA